CCUUAUGAUGAAACAUCUAGAACUGUGCCGUGAAUGUCAGUGCAUGUGAAUAGGAUCCAUUUCUGAUCAACUUUUUUGAUAACAACAUGAGUGGAUGUCCGUUUAUGGGGAGGAAUCAUCAAUUGUUUUCCAGUAACUCCAGUCAGCCGGAGGAAGACGAUUCUCAAAAAGGCAUCAACAAAGCCAGUAAAGGUGGAAUCGUUUAUGGAGAAUAUCUACAGCUUGAUAAAGUGCUGAAUGCUCAAGUCUUACAGAGUCAACAGAAAGGAAACAGAAUCCACGAUGAGCAUCUCUUCAUCGUUACCCACCAAGCCUACGAGCUGUGGUUUAAGCAGAUAUUAUGGGAACUUGACUCUGUUCGGGACCUUUUCACUAAAAAUCAUGUGCGAGAUGAGAGGAACAUGCUGAAAGUGGUGAGCAGGAUCCACAGGAUCACCAUUAUCUUUAAACUGCUGGUGGAGCAGUUCGCUGUGUUGGAGACCAUGACCUCUCUGGACUUCUUUGAUUUCAGGCAAUAUCUGUCUGUAGCGUCAGGCUUCCAGAGUUUUCAGUUUCGUCUUCUGGAAAGUAAGAUCGGCGUGGCGGAUCAUUUGAGAGUCGCUUACAACCGUCAGCACUACAGAGAUACCUUUCACGGACAGGAGAGCGAAAACCUGCUGAGAUCAUUGCAGGAACCCAGUCUGCUUCAACUGGUUGAGGAAUGGCUGGAACGAACUCCUGGGCUUGAAAGAGAUGGAUUUAACUUUUGGGGGAAACUGCAAGCCAACAUUGAGGAGGGUCUAAAGCUGGAGAAGCAGAAAUUGGAGGAAAUAUCCAAUUCUGAGGAGAAAGGGGACAUGCUGGAGGAUCUGAACAAGCAGACUGAAUUGUUCACUGCCCUGUUUGACCCCAGUCGACAUGAGCAUCUUAUAAACAAAGGUGAACGUCGACUUUCUUACAAAGCGCUGCAAGGAGCUCUUAUGAUCAAUUUCUACAGGGAAGAGCCUCGUUUCCAGGUGCCGUUCCAGCUCCUCACUGCUUUGAUGGAGAUCGACACACUCAUGUCUAAGUGGAGAUAUAACCAUGUGUGCAUGGUGCACAGAAUGAUCGGAAGCAAAGCAGGAACGGGUGGAUCUUCAGGGUAUUGUUAUCUGCGCUCCACUGUCAGUGAUCGAUACAAAGUGUUUGUGGAUUUGUUCAACCUCGCAACAUUCUUGGUCCCUCGAGCUUGGGUGCCCAAACUCGACCCCCAGAUCCAUAAAUUCCACUACAUGGCUGAGUGUAACGACAGCUCGUACAAUUCCUACAGCAGUGAGGACUCAGAUUAGAAACUUUCAGACUUGUUUGUCUUUGCUGAUUACAUAAAAUAAAGAUCAGGAAUAAUGCCAAGUGAAUGUAUCCAGAAGCCAAAGUUUGUGCAUUUUGUCCCCAGUUCAUCGAUUUGUUGUGACGUACUUUUCACGUCAUUGUGGUGAAGAAAAUAUAUGGUUUUGUAAUUCUGUUUUUAUACAAAAAAUCUGUUUUGAAAUCACAAAACGUGUACAUAAUGUGUUAUAUUUUUGACACUGAUGUGAAAAGAAAAACAUUUGGUGUGACAUUUUGUAAAUAUUCUAUAUUUAAAUAUUUUAUAGAAAUAUUAACUCCACAUUAAAAUAUAUUGAGUAUACUGUA